UGUAUAUACAUAUGUACUUAUAUACGACUAUUUAGCCAUGGAUAUUUCCGACCCUAAUAUCGUUAAUUCGAUUCGUCCCCUUCGUUACGACAGCCCUCGAAAAAAUUCGACUUUGGGUAAUAAUUUUGGAGCACUUUACAUCCUCAGUCCGCUGUUAACGUGUGGAUUCUAUCUGGGAAUCGUGCCAUUCCGAUUCCGACAUCUGAAAAUCGGCGAAAUAAAUGGCAAGAUUGAACUUCAUCACUGCAAACUACAGAAGAUUCUUUGUUUCGCAAUUAACGUCAUAAUUUUGCAACAAUGCUUCAGCGAUGCAAUGGAAUUUGAGUACAACAAAAUUAAAGAAAACACACAUCCUGGCGCUUAUCUCAGAAUUCUGUCUGAUUGGAGUGACCUUGCCUAUAAAGUUGUCGUCAUAUCAACUUUUUGGAUUGGUCAAAAGAAAUUCAGAACCUUAUUAAAUUUCGUUUCGGAAAAUGGUCAAAGUGGAAUUUUUCAAGGAAACUUAAAAAUCAAAUACUUGGGAUACUUGGUUCCCUUCUUGACCCUGAUUGGAAAUUUGACUCGGAUGAUUCUAUCCGAAUCUGAGCAAAGUCUUGCCAAAAUUCCUGCCCGAUAUAUUGCGGAAGGAUAUGGAAAAUUAUUUUAUUGGAGCCCAAAUUCAAUUCCACAAGUUACCAACUCUUCCAACUUUGACUACCUGAUUGGACUUUUAGCAUUUUCGCAAAUGAAAUAUGACGCUUAA